GAACUAACAAACAAUUGGUAACAAAAUGCAAAUUAUAAGUAGGUGAUAGUUUAACAAAUUUUGAUACUUUCGUAUAUAUACUCCGUAUGAGUUAAGCUAGCCAGUGUCGGAUUGAAAUUCUCAACCCAAACGGCUAAAUCCAUCCAUUUAAUUUCAAGUCAAGAAUGUAUCAACUAUCAACCCAAUUAACUGGGCUGUCAAGAAUCGUUGACCAAAGUCGAAACCCUUUAUUCAAAAUUUCUAAUGGAACUAUGGAAGACUAUAGGAAUUAAAGGAGAGUGAAGUGUAGUACAGAAUAGGAAGUUAUAUCAAAUAAUUGCCUUAAUUAGAUGCACGUCUUUUACAAGUUCUUAAUUACAACCGGUUAACGACAAAUAUUGUAACACAAAUAUAUAUUUACCUCAAAAUCUUUAAAUGUUAUCCCGAUAUAAUAUAAAAAUUUAUUUUUAUUGAACACUGAUUAUAAUACAUAAGAAACUCACCCAAGUUCCUCCCAAAUCCCAAAUAAAACAAACUUAGAAUAUAAACUCUAGUAAAAACAACUCGUGUUUAAUGAACUCAUAACAUUUAAGUGGAAAUGGCUUAUGGAAAGACUCAAAAUAAUUAAAUUGAAUAUCAGAUUUUGAUAGCCCUCUUGAAUUAAAUUAUCAUAGAUUUGUAGGGAGUAAUAAGCUGUCACAUGCUAGCCUGUCAGUAACUCAGUAUACAUGCUUAAAUAUCUUCUUAGUGUCCUAAUUAAGCAAAUCCCUAAUUAGCAAAUUAAAUUACUCCAAAAAUGGCGAAUCAAGAAUCAUCAGAAUCAAAGCUAGUAGCUGAAAAUGGUGAUGAAAUACCAGCAGAGUACUUGGAAAAAGAUGGUCUCUCUGAAGCAAUUGACAUCCCUGACACGUGGAAGGAUAGUCUCCUCCUUGAUUUAUCACUCCUCUCUUCAUCAACACCGGCAAGCGAACCUGAACAUGUAAAACUCCGAUCAGCCCUUUCUGAAUGGGGUUGCUUUCAGAUUAAAAAUCAUGGAAUAGAGAGCUCAUUCCAGGAAGAGUUGAUUGAAGUUUCCAAGCAAUUCUUCGCACUUGCUUCGGAGGAGAAGCUCAAGUACAGUGCAAGUGAUGUCUUCCUAGGCUACGGAAGUGAUAAUUAUGGUAAAGAUGGACAAUCAAAUUGGAAUUAUAGGAUUACUCUAGUCAUUAGUCCGGAUGGAAAACGCGAUCUCCAACUCUGGCCGCAGAAGCCGGAGAAAUUCAGGGGAAUGAUAGAUGAGUACUCCAAGAAAUUAUUGGCCAUGACUGAAGUUAUUUACAAGGCAAUGGCAAAGUCGCUAAACUUAGAACAAGAUUGCUUCUUAAAUCAUCCAGCUACACAAGGGGCAAUAGUAGGAAGGUUCGGUUACUAUCCCCGUUGCCCAUGCCCUGAACGUGUUCUUGGUGUCAAACCACAUACAGAUGGAUCGACAAUGACAAUUGUUUUAGGUGAUGACCAAGUCGAAGGCCUCCAAAUCAAGAAAGAUGAUCAAUGGUACAAGGUCCCGGUCAAUCCAGGCGUCCUGUUUGUUAACUUAGGUGACAUAGGAGAGGUAAUGACUAAUGGGGUGUUUAAGGCCGCGGUGCAUAGGGUGGUCACAAAUUCAUCUAAGGGGAGAAUAUCCGUGACUGGGUUCUGUAUACCGGAAAAGAAAACUCAUAUCGAACCACUUAGUGAACUGGUUAGUCUUCAUCGGCCUCAAAUGUUUAAGAAGCUCAACACUGAUGAGUAUUGGAAGAUAUAUUAUGAGAACUACCCCUAUGGAAAAGUGCGUAAAACAAUAGAUGUAUUCAGAUUUUAAGUGUUUUAGUUAUUGUCAAUUAAUUUUCUUAGUCCCAUUGUUAUUAGGUUCCUACCUGUGAAAGGAGGGCCUUGUUUUUUAUUUAUUCAUUGAAUGAUUUUAUACAAGUUUUAAGUGUUUUGAUUAAAACAUAUAGUGUGUGAUUUUGUGUGUUAAGAUUUUGAAGGAAUAUCUCAGUCAACUUAGAAAGUCAAAGUUUGUUACAACAAACUAA